GGCGACCGGUCGGACGGCGAUCGAUGGCCACGUCGUCUUCCUCGCCCCGCCACCGACAGCCUCGCCUUGUCGAUGGACAGCCUCUGCGGCCCCCUCCCAUGGAAGGCACGGAGGGGACGCAAGAGGAGGAGGAGACUAGCAGGAAAUGGGCGGAGCUGCCGUUGGACGCGCUGCUGGCCGUGCUCCACAGGCUGGACCAUGCCGACGUCCUCAUGGGAGCCGGCCAGGUGUGCCGCCCCUGGCGCUGCGCUGCACGGGACGAGCCCGAGCUGUGGCGCCGCGUCGACAUGCGGCCCCGCGCCGAGCUCGCCUCCCGUGUCGACCUCAAGGACGUGGCGCGCACCGCCGUGAGGUGCAGUGCCGGGAGGUGUGAGGCUUUCUGGGCUGAGGGCGUCGGGGACGACGAGUUUCUCUUCUUCCUCGCCGACGCGGCGCCAAUGCUGAAGAGCCUCCGGCUCAUAUCUUGCAACAACAUUUCAACAUACAGGAUCGACGAAGCGAUAAGCAAGUUUCCUCUGCUCGAGGAGCUGGAGCUGUCACUCUACACGAGCAUCGCCGCCGGCCUCUACGACCUCGGCGAUGCCUGCCCGCUCCUGACGCGCCUCCGGCUGAGCAGAGACCGCUUCCGCAGGAGAAGGGGCGUCGACGACAGCGAAGCCAAGGAUAUCGCGAGGAUGCGCGGGCUGUGCUCGCUGCAGCUCUUCGGCAACAGCCUCGGCAACGCCGGCCUGGCAACCAUCCUCGACGGCUGCCGGCGCCUCGAGUCCCUCGACAUCCGCCACUGUUUCAACGUCUUGAUGGACGACGAGAUGCGCUCCAGGUGUGCUAGGGUCAAGACGUUGCGGCUCCCCGACGACUCCAUGGAGGACUACGACCUCCGCUUCGACAGCCCUGACAUGGACUCCGGGAGCAUGUUGGAGUACAGCUUUCGUGGGGAUAUACUCUGGGAUUCAUGGUAGUGCAACUCAAACUCUAAAAUGGGGCGGAUGAUAAAUUACAGUUUGGAAAAAAGAGGGGAAAUAAAAGAAGUAAAAAUAGCCAAAGUAAACUAUAUAUCCAGUGUCUUUAAUUGUUUGGGUUCAUUUCUUGUUUGUUCUACGGCAAGCUCAAAGUCCUGAAGCGUACUUACAAACCUUUGAAGAUUUGGUUAUAUAAUUUUUC